CAACCAGAUAUCGACGAUUUUACUUGUAGGCUAUCAGUGAAUAAGGUACCGCACCAAAGUAAAAUGUUCAAACUUCCGUCAAGAAUUUUUGCAAUUUCGCAACGAUUUUUCUCAAACCUUCGACCUAACCCGACCCAAGGACUCGUUGUAGGCGUUUCGUACGAUAAUGCAAACCAGCCGAAACUGACACCGUUCGGCACAAAGUUCGAUCAAAUGACUGGCGGCAAAAUUCUGUCACAAAUUCAGUUGGCCGACAAAAUUGGCAAGGGUAAGUCCAGAAUUUGCUGGGGCAUAACGGGACCAUUUCCGGCCGUGGCUGUUGCCGGUAUUUCGACCAAUGACGACGAUCUGGAUGAUGGCAUUGAAUGUUUGAAUACGCGGAAAGAAAGCAUUCGAGUGGCGGCUGCUGUUGGUGCGAAGGCUUUGUUGAAAGAAAAUAUCACAAACAUAUUCCUGGAGGAUUUUAUGUGUCCACAAAGUGCUGCCGAAGGAGCAACAUUAGGUGUGUACAAGUAUCAAGGACAGAAGUCGCUAGAGCACCGGAAACCAGUUCCGAAUCUGCGUCUGGUCGAUAGUGAGAACGACGUACGCAAGUGGGUCAAGGGAUACAUUUUGGGAAAUACGCAAAACUGGGUACGAAAUUUAAUGGAAACUCCAGCUAAUUUCAUGACACCAAUUUUGUUUGCUGAUCACGUUCGGAAUCGACUUGGAAGUCUCGGUGUUCAUGUUAUCGCUCAUGGUUCGCAAUGGGCAGAGCAGCAAGGCAUGAACUCAUUUUUAUCGGUCGCCAAGGGUAGUGUUCAACCCCCAAUAUUCUUGGAGAUAACUUACAAUGGAGCUGGCAAUGCACAGCCGAUAUGUUUGGUGGGAAAAGGAAUCACAUUCGACAGUGGCGGUCUAAGCAUUAAGCCACAUUUAAAUAUGGACUCAAUGAGAGCUGAUAUGGGCGGAGCAGCGGUCGUUUCCGGAGUAAUCUCUGCUUUGGCUGAACUUCAAGUGCCAGUGAAUGUUAAGGGAUUGAUUCCAUUGACUGAAAAUAUGCCAAGCGGUUCAGCAUCGAAGCCAGGAGAUGUCGUCUUUGCUAUGAAUGGUAAAAGCAUUUGUAUUGACAAUACCGACUGUGAAGGACGCCUAAUUUUGUGUGACGCUCUGUGCUAUGCCACACUAUUCGAUCCUCGAUACAUUGUCGAUGUUGCCACACUUACUGGUGCGGUUAAAGUGGCGCUGGGAAAUUGUUGCGCUGGUGUAUUUGUUAACAACUACAAGAUCUGGCCCAUUCUCGAAAAGGCUAGUUUCGAAGCAGGUGAUCGUUUGUGGAGACUACCGUUGUUUAAGCACUACUCUAAGGACGUGACUAAAGACGAAGGUCAUGAUUUGAACAAUUUGGGAGAAUCGAAAGUGGCCGGUCCAUGUACAGCGGCUGCAUUUUUGCGCGAAUUCGUUCCCAAACACAUACCAUGGAUUCAUAUCGAUAACUAUGGUGUCAUGGAGGACUGUGAAGAGGUGUACUUGGAGAAGGGUAUGUCUGGUAGACCGAUGCGUACAAUCUUUGAGUUUAUUUGUUUGGAGGCUGGUGUUGCCGAAUUUGGAUGUUAAUUGUUUAAAUGUCCAAUUCGUACAAUAAAAUCAAUAAAAUUGUUCAAAACC